GCGCGGUGCAUUGUGGGAGAGCUGGCGAUCUCCAUCAUGGCGGCUUCCAUUUCGGGCUACACCUUCAGUGCGGUGUGUUACCACAGCGCCAACAGCGACGCGGACCACGAAGGAUUUUUACUAGGAGAGGUAAGACAAGAGGAGACAUUUAGCAUCAGCGAUUCACAAAUCAGCAACACCGAAUUUCUGCAAGUAAUAGAAAUCCAUAAUCAUGAGCCUUGUCCAAAGCUUUUUAGCUUUUAUGAUUAUGCGGGGAAAGUUAAUGAAGAGAGUUUGGACAGGCUUCUUAAAGAUCGAAGAAAGAGCGUCAUUGGGUGGUACCGAUUUAGGAGGAACACUCAGCAGCAGAUGUCCUACAGAGAGCAGAUCCUCCAUAAGCAGCUGACACACAUUCUUGGAGCGCCAGACCUCGUCUUCCUCCUCGUCAGCUUCAUCUCCACUGCAAAUAAUUCCACUCAUGCUUUAGAAUACGUACUUUUUAGACCAAACCGAAGGUAUAAUCAAAGGGUGUCGCUCGCUAUCCCCAACCUGGGCAAUACCAGCCAGCAGGAGUACAAAGUUUCUUCAGUGCCAAACACUUCUCAGAGUUACGCCAAAGUUAUUAAGGAGCACGGUACUGACUUUUUCGAUAAAGAUGGAGUGAUGAAGGACAUCAGAGCUAUUUAUCAGGUGUAUAAUGCACUUCAGGAAAAAGUCCAGGCAGUGUGCAUAGAUGUAGAGAAGAGCGAGCGAAUGGUUGAAUCUUUUCAGGCAGAGGUGAAUAAAUUAAAAAGACAAAUCACUCAGAGGAAAAAUGAAAAGGAGCAAGAAAUAAGAUUGCAGCAGGCCAUAUUAACCAGGGAGUUGUCUUCAGAAAGUCUGGAGCGGCUGUCGUAUUCUGGGUUUGAGGUGGAAGGCAGCACCCUUGGAGAUGCUGAGCCCUCGGAUCCCCCCCCUCCUUAUUCGGACUUUAACCCCGCUUGUGAAGAGAGUACUUUGGGCCAUUCUCUCCCAGAGAGCCGUGUCUUUAUGCCCCGUCCACAAGCAGUGGGCUCUUCCAGUUUUGUUUCCACAAAUGCGGGCUUGAAGUAUUCUGGAAACGGAGCAGCCCAGCCUCUGUCCCAAAGAGCCGGUGGUGGUGAUAACGUGGAUGACUCAGAAGACAGUGAUUCUGGCCCCACGGGACCCCCGCCUAGUGAGUACCCACACACUCGGGGCUCCCGACCGACGACACAUCCUGACGGAGACUCCAGGAACACUCAGACCUCUCAGAUAUGAUGGAAUAAAAUGAGCUCUCGGUGGGGCACUGGUUUUCGGAACUGUUGUCCAAAGUCUUGGGGGGGACUUAAUUUCAGAGGAAAAAACUGCUUUGCAGAAAUGGAGACUCCCUGAGGAGGCUCCUUGUGCACAGAAAGGCGCGUGUAGACUUGCCCUAGAUGGCUUUGCCCGCCUUGUGAUACAAUUUGCAAGUUUCAUAAUGGAAUCGUUAGGAUAAUCAAGUUGUACUAAUACUGAUGAGAUCUGCGGAUAUCUUGGUCAAUUAGGCAAAGUGAAAUUUAUAGAAACCUUUUAGUUUUGGUUGCCGUAUUUUCAUUACAAUAAAUUGGGAAUUGGAGACUAAGCACAAUUAGUCUAUAAAUGUCCUAUAAAAAUCAAAAACUUACCUCUUGCACUAUCAUGCCUUGAAAUUUAGUUUUUGAAAGGGAAGCAGGUUCAGCAGUAGCCUUCAAAGAAACUUUCUACGAUGAGCCAAAUUAUUCUUUGCCAGAAAAGAAAUUUUGAUAAUUCUCAGAAGCCUGAUUGGAACACAUCAGAUGUACCUUCUCUGAGCUGCAUGCCCUUUUAAGAUCAAAAGGGAAGGGUUUGGUUUCAACUUUUUUACUAGCCUGAUGUGUGUAUCACUUAAAAUGGUUGCCUUUUUAUGUAGGAAUACUAAUUCCCAGGAAACAAUCACCCACGGAAGUAGGUUCUAGAGUUCUUGGUAUGCCAGGUUAGUGGGCUCCGGUGACAAGGCCACUGCCUCACAGUCCUUGGCCUGAAGGUGGUGGGCACACAGAGUACAUGGAAAUAGCCUUGGGCAUCUUACCUAGGUUUGAUGAUGAACAGAUUCCAAAUGUGAUUUUUUUUUCAGAGAUUAUGUGUAAAGGAGGUCAUUGAUUUAUGGCUUCAGAUGAAAUUAUUAAUGUAGUUUUAUUGUCAGGACUAUAGGGGAAGGGCCAAUAAUGAAAACAAAAUCUGUUUUACAUUUGGAGAAUAGUACUUAUAAGGGAAAAAAAAGUUGCCAUUUUGGAGACAAAGUGGUGCGUGUUUGUGUGUGUGUGUGUGUGUAUGUGUGUCUGUGUGUGUGUGUAUGUGUGUCUGUGUGUGCGUGCGAGUGCUGCGUGUGCACGUGCAUGCCGCGUGGCGUGCACGUGUUGAUUUUUAUAUGGGGAUGCACUUAGGCUAUUAUUUAAUUACCGCUUAUAUUCUCAUUUUGCCCAAAAGAUGUGAAAUGGGGCCCCUGAAAUCCCAGGGGCUUUUUGGUUCUGAGCUUGCAAAUGACAAAACCUGCCAUUAACCGUGAGGUGAGCACCUGUGUUGGAUGCUUUGAAACAUAACUGCCUUUCCUUUGACCUCCACAAAACUUGCGGGAGCCAAGACUAGAGACUGUUCAAAGAGGAGCUUCCCCAACGGUAAGCUGGUUCUCUUGGCCCCUGCUCCUCUGCUAAUUAGACAACGUGGCCUGAAGAGGGAAGUGCUCACGCCCCGGAUGGCCCCUUUCAUGGUGAACGGUCUCUGUUUGGUCGAGGUUGCUUUCUUUGUUCGCCUUAACACGGCUGCAGUUUGGCUUGGAAUGUUGUAGGCCAUUUUCAGACAGACUUGCUUGGUCUCCCUGUCUGCUCUCCCCAGACAGCUCUGGGCUGGCGCCGUGAGAGGAGAUGUGCUGCCACCCUCCCCUCAGGUCAGUUGUCUUCACCAUAGGAAAAUAUUUUUAUUUUGAUGCCGCACAACAGUCUGCAAUGUACGCCUGACAAAGCCGUGAAUGUGAUAAUAAAAGCCUAUUUAAUCCUG